CAUUUUUCCAACGAAUACAUUUCACCCAGUAACAGUAAGACAUUUGAAAUGACAUUUAAGGUUAUCACGACAAUUAUUAAACACACUGGACUUUUUUCUCCUUCGGCUGAAAUCCGGUGGGUGAUGGGAGUGCUGAAGUUCAAGGAUCCUUCCUGCUGAAGUUCAAGUAUCCUUCCUGCUGAAGUGUCUUUUCAGCAACAUUGAACACACAGCUUCAAAGGUGAAUUGAAGGUUCAUAUAGAAGCGGUUAACAGGGGCCCAGCGAUGAGGAAGUGGGGGGACCGCCUGAAAAAGGUCGAGCAGCUUGCUCAGUCAUUCCAGCAGAACCCCCUGGCCUUACGCUACAAACCGCGGCUGUGGCCUUGCCAGCCUUCCUCUGUCUGGAAGCUCUUUCCUCGCCAAAGUAUGGCUAUCAGCUUCGCCCAGAGCUGCAGAGAGGCUGUACAUAUUUUUGCACUUGAGAAAGAAAACACACCCCAGGGUCAAAGGAUCUAUCUGGUUACCAGCUACACUGAGCUCUGGCAUUACUACAGGACCUAUACUCAGUCCUUGAUGCACUGUUAUGAGGUGAUACCAGAAGGUGCUGUUUGUAAGCUUUACUUUGACCUGGAGUUUCACAAACCCUCAAACAAAGGAGCUGAUGGUAAAGCUAUGGUGUCGUCACUCAUCCAGUUUGUUUGUGACAAGCUAAUGGAAAUUUAUGGGAUCGAGUGCACCCCAAAAAACAUCCUGAAUCUGGACUCCAGCACAGAAGAGAAGUUCAGCCGACAUCUCAUCUUCAAUCUCCAAAACGCAGCCUUCAAAGACAACAUACAUGUGGGUAGAUUCAUCCAUGCAAUUCUUCAACCAGUCCUGAGCACACCCAAAAGAGUCAGUUUCCUGAACGCUGGAACUGAUUCAGAAUUACCCAAUGGAAAGACGAGACAAGAACGAGCCAUAUCUCAGGAGAAAUCGUCAAAAGAAGGCGAGCUGGCUGAGAGUCCAGAGACAAAGAGGCGCAAAAAAGAAGAGACAGACCUGGGGUUCCUUCAAGUGAAAAACAAGGAUGGUCAAGACUGCCUCUUUGUGGAUCUUGGAGUUUACACAAAGAAUAGAAAUUUCCGCCUUUACAAAUCAUCAAAAGUGGGAAAGAAUGCAGCGUUCCACAUGGCAGACGAUAGCAAAUUUACCACCAAACCAGAGAAAGGAGUUUCUGCAGAGGAAAGUGUGUUCUUGGCUUCAUUAGUCUGCAAUGUGAGAUUCACAGGUCAGAGAAUUCUUACCUGGGACAUCACACCAACAAAGGAGUCCAAAACAUCAGGACCUCAAAACCAGCAGGGGUCAGCCUCCAGUUCAGAGCCCAUUUCUGGCUACCUGUCGUCCCCUCAUCAAGAAGUGGACAACUUUGUUUUAAGUUUGGUUCAAAAGAAUGGCGUACAAGGAAGCAUCAGACGAUGGAAUUACUUUGCUGCUGAGCAACUGAUCGUCUACGACAUCGCUAAAUACCGCUGGUGUGAAAAUGUGCAGAGGUUUCAUAAAAGCAACAACAUCAUGAUUGUUGUGGAUCUCAAAGAGGAAGUUUGGUAUCAGAAGUGUCAUGAUCCUGAAUGCAGGAACUUCAGGUCAUCAAGUUACCCACUACCACAGGAGAUCUGCGUCCGCUACAUCCUGACACUGGAUGAAGAAGACCAAGCUUACUUAAUGGACGACUAUGGCAACAUUGAACCUAGCCAGAUGCCAGCCAGAAACCCACAGAGCACAGUACACCCAGAGGAGGACUCUGCUGAUAUGUGGGGAGAUAAAGAGGAUGACAAGGACUAUUUAGAAAGCCUGGAAGAGUUUGAACAGAACAAUGGAGACAUUUCAGAUGAGCUUCUGCUUACAUGUAUGACUGAUUUUGAAACCCAGUAGAGCAGGGCUUUCCACAGGUACCAGUUGUCAGCUGGUCAAUCCUAGCUGGUUGCUUUUGCCUGCUGUUGACUGUACACAGUUUGACUGUGAAGUUGUGAUCUGCUUUUCCUGUACAUUUUAUAAGCACUUACUUCAGCUAAGCUAUAACAUGCAUGUGAAGGAUUCUUGUUCGUCUGUGUUAACCCUGUCCCCAAGAGUGCUCAUGCCUCUGAACCCCUCUAAACUGGCUAAUUUUCCCUCUGGAUAACUACGGCAUAUGUCUGUGGAAAGCCCUGGAAAGUGUAAAGUUUGACUGGUAACACCUCAGUACUUCUGUUCAGUGUUGAUAUGCAAUUUAACGGAUGAUUGAUGUCUAAAAGCACUUUGUAGUUGUAUACAGCACUGUGCAGAACUUUAAGGCAUGUUUGGACACCAUUGAGGCCAAAAUAAGGUGUGUAAUUGCAAGUUUGCCCAUCUAAGGGCACCAUUGGGCAGAAAGGAGGAUUGACAAAACCCCAGUCUUGCUGUGGAUGUCCUUGCAUAUUACUGGGAGCAAGGCAAAAUAAUUUGUUGAAAAAAUAACUAAGUCCACACCUUUAGGUCAGAGUAAGGGGUGGAUGUGGCGACUGAACAUGGCCUAGGGUACCGUCCAGGCAAGUAGUAGGGUUGUCACGAUCCCCUGGUCGUGUUGUUAAUGUCUCCAGAUGUGCCACCAGGGAUGAAAAGGCAUGGACAAAAGAAAUGCCAUUGAGCUUGACCUUGGCUGCUAAGUGACACGUGUGUCAACAUGUACCAAGCUUGACUGACUACACAACCCCUCCAGCCUUGGGUUGUGGCACAUCAGGCCCUGUGAUAAAUCCUUAGAGCCCUACAUGCCUAAAACUUACACACUUUACUGUACAUGUGUAAAUACUUGUCAAGAACAGCUUCUUCCAAUGAUUAUGAUGGAACUUUGUACUUAAAAGAGCAGACAAGUUUUCAACUGGUUGCCAUUGUUACCAGUGUCUGACUGUUGCAAAUAUUCCCAGUUACACACACUGCACCUUUAACGCUUUUUUAAGCUGCUUACAUUUGAAUGUUUUAAAAACGUAUUAAGCUCUUAAAACUGAUAAUUUACCAGUAAGUUUAUUUUAAAGACAACCAAUUUGUGGCACUUUGUUGAUGUUAUGGCAAGUUCCAUCAACCAGAUGCUUAAUAUUCAAAGACGGCCUUAUUGGUCUAAGAUUUUAUUUUCCUUUUAAUAAAACAGACUUUGUAUCACAGUUUUGUUAAAAGCAUUUAUUUAGUACAGUAGACAAAGAUACUGUACUUGUAACAGCAGUACAAACCGCACCUUUGUCUUUUCAUGGCAUAAGAAUAAAAAAAGCAUGGCUUGAAAUGUCAAUGAGGUGUUUGCCGUUUUAGCCAUGUUAAAUAUUCAUAAUUCACAUAAAACGUCGAAAUCAACAACAAAAAGCUUUUAACAGCUGAAUUGCUGCUCCAUUUUACAAAGGCCAGAUUUCAAGGACCAGUGGCGAAAAGUUGAUGUGAAAUGCUGACCGACAAGAAACUUUAUAUGAACCACUGUUCAAUAAUAUUUACCCUGAAUGUUAAUGUUGUGCUUUAUACAAAUGACAGUAAGCAGCUUCAUCUUGCAAACUGUGGCACUGAAAUGGGAAACUUUAAAGUAUAAGAACUGCUUUAAGAGUAACAUUCAUUAUUUUUCAUGCAUUGUUAAAAGAAAAACAGACACAACCAAAACAAAGGCACAAAAACAGUCUGUCAAGCAACAAGGCUUUCAUCUAAAAUGUGCACCAAUGGAGGUUUAUCAGCACUUAUAAACACAGGAAUGGGCACGAUACUCUGCAUACAAAUAGACUUUUCUUUAUAGCAGAUACAUUAUUUACAGGUUUAAUGCUUACAUUAAAUAUCAUCUUAAAUACAUGGCCAAAACAUUAAAUAGUCUGGUAUAUAAAUACUCA